CACGCCGCCGUUCGUCGACGGGACCACUAUUGCCGCGACCGCCGUCGCCGUCACCGCUGCGCGUCGUGCAAACGUCUCUCCGUGAUCGCCCGACCGAAGUCGUUCCGAUCCGCUCCGUAACCCGUCGCGCCACCGUUCGCCCCGACAGUACCGUAUCGCCGUUUAACGUUUCCGUUCGGUUCGUUAAGGAGCACCGAUCUCGUCGCGCACCGCCAACCCGGUCGCACAACAAACGCACGAGGGCCAUACGACGACGAUUCAGAAAUAUACAUAUGAAGCCAUUCCUGAUAAAUUUAGUCUGAGAAAAAAUUAUUUAAAAAUUACUCUGAAGAUACUCUAUGAAAAAUAAAAACUACGUUUCAAGACAAGAAAAUAUGGAUAGCCACAGAAGAAACAACAGACUGGAACGUCGCUACAUAGGAACGUGAUUAUUGGUUCAUAUGAUGCGGAUAAGCUUGGAAAAAUGUUUUUAAAAAUGAAACUCUUUGAUGAUCAGCAUUCAAUGUGGUCUUAUGAUGAGUCCUUAUGAACGAAGAACCUUUGCAACAUCAGUCCAUUUCAGAUGCCACCUACCUGGGCGCUGCCACCGUAUUGAGCCUUAUCGGAAUAGUGGGAUGUCUAUUCAAUGCAUGUGUCAUCUUCAUUAUGCUUAGGGAUCCACGACUAUGGACCCCUCAAAACAUGAUCAUAUUUAAUUUAGCAUCGUCUGACUUUGCUGUAUCAGUUUUGGGAAAUCCAGUUACCUUGGCUGCUGCCAUCACCAAAGGUUGGAUAUUUGGUGAGACCAUUUGCGUUAUCUAUGGAUUCUUCAUGGCACUAUUAGGAAUAGCUUCAAUUACGACUUUAACCGUGCUAGCGUAUGAUAGAUACCUAAUGAUACGGUAUCCGUUCAGUAGUAAAAGGUUAACUAAAGAGACUGCACUAUACGCAGUUGGUGGAAUCUGGAUUUACGCUUUCGCCGUAACAGUACCUCCGUUGUUUGGAUGGAAUCGUUACGUUAACGAAUCGGCUGACAUCAGCUGUUCGAUAGAUUGGGAGAGUGGUGAGCACAGCAAUUAUGUCAUAUACAUAUUUGUGUUUGGAUUAUUCAUACCAUUAACCGUGAUUAUAUAUUCGUAUGUAAACCUCGUAAUUACUGUGAGAAAGAGAGCUGCUGAAAAAAUCAUCGGGCAAGCAACCAAAGCGGAAUGCAGGGUAGCGAUAAUGGUGGCCGUGAUGAUAUUGGCCUUUUUAACUGCGUGGAUACCGUAUUCCGUGCUGUCUCUUUUGGUUGCAUUUGGUGGUAUUCAAAUCAGUCCGGCCGUCAGUUUAAUACCAGCUUUGUGCGCCAAGUCGAGCAUAUGCUGGAAUCCAAUUAUCUACAUAGGACUCAAUACGCAGUUUCGUUCAGCGUGGAAACGUUUUCUGAACAUUCCGGUUACAUUUUCUGAAGGCUCUGUGGACGGCGACAUCACCACCGGCGUGUCCAAGCUGAUGGCUGGCCAACAGGACACGAUGCACUCAGCGAACAGUGCCAUCUGCUCGGACGCAGACCCUCCACCAGGGCUCAUGUGCUGCUUAGCUCAAGACGAGCAUCACCGGCGCGACACGGAUCCCGAAAAGUACGGUUGCAAAAUGGAAAUGAUGUUCAACAACAGCCCAGGUGUGUGCACCAAAUCGGAAAUCGGAGACGUUUCCUUGUGAAGACCGCCGCGGUGGCAUUUACAUACCUCUAUCAUCAUGUGUCCGUACUAAUUCAGCGUAUACUUAAUAUUUGGGUCAUAAUCAAAUUAAAAUGGGUCACAAGGAUAAUAUUAAAUUAUAUAUAUUAUAUUUUUGAUUGAAAAAAAAAAAUCAUAAAUGUGGGAAAAAUGUACGUAAAUUAUUUUGAUUGUUAAGCAAAUUUUAAAAUACGUUGUAUAUCACAUCUAUGAACAUAAAUCAACAGUCGGAUAAUAGCAAUAGUGGGUAAUCUACUUACACCGACUUGUAGGUACAUUUUUAAUUUCACUAUAUAUAAUAUACAUGUAUUUUUUGUUUUGUAUAGAAAUGGAAUUUGAAUUAUAAACAAGUAUGGUAGGUUAUUGUUAAUUUUCGUUUAUUUGUUGAUGUAGAUUGAUGACUGAAACAUUAAAAUAUAAUAAACGCAUAAAUAUUUAUUUAAAA